AUGCGAGCAGCUAAGGAGUGGAACUUUCUCCCAGAGUCUAUGUUUCCUGUCUCUUACAACAUUGGGUCUUACAAAUCAAGAGUGAAGCUUAGAUCGCAUCAUCACUUAACAUCAGUAUCAUUACUUUACUCGCAUACAACUGAAGCGUUAUGGUCGUGUUUGACUGACGUCGAGUGUGACGUCACAGGUAGCAUAUGCUUUGACGGGAGCUGCACCUGUCCAGCUGGUCAGGAGGUCGCCUUCGGAGGCACAGUCUGCGUCGACGCGGCCAUCUACCACAGCUCCAGAUGCGUUGAGAACAGUCAAUGCUCAAGACUCUUCAGCGCUUUUGAAUGUCGGCGUCAGGAUGGUGAAGAAACCGGCAGAUGUUUCUGUCAACCUGGAAAUCACUACUUCCUGGGGCGGUGCUGGCCUUCUGUGGAUUUCGGAGAGCCAUGCACCAGAGACGAGCAGUGCAUGGGCAGCGUCCUCAGGGACCCCUACAGCAUGAGGUGUAAUGAAACUUGUGUAUGCGCGGAUGGGUACCAGUUGAGGCAGCGGGGAGAGUGCAGAAAAGUUGCUUAUGAGGUGGGAGACGGAUGCGUUUUGGAUGUGGACUGCCAAUUUGCAGGUGGCGCCUGCAAUCAAUCAUCUUUCACCUGCAUCAACAGCAAUGCAAAAGAUUCUAUAAUGAAGGAGAAAGUGGAGACUAUCAGAGACGUGUCCGUGAGAGCAGUACCUCAUUCUAACUUCUGUAAUUCGAGCAAUCCGUGCGCAGCGCCACUGGAAUGUUCUGGAAUUAAUGGAUUUUGUGUCUGUCCGGUUGGUUAUUAUACAGUUGGGAAUGGAAACUGUUUGGCGGAACUUGGUUCGCCGUCUACAGAGCAAGAAUGCGAUGGUCUGCUGGCCCAAGUACGAGAUGGUAUUUGUAGAUGUCCAAAUAACUUAUUCUACGACGAGGACAUGAGAAACUGUGUCAGAGCUGCAAGAUCGAUCAGUGAUUCCUGUGUAUCGGAUGCUAACUGUCAUACCUUCGGCGCGUCAGCGAUAUGUGGACCGCCCCAAGAAGACAAUUUCGGUGUUAGAACUUGUGAAUGUAUACCAGAGCAGGCUGUGUGGGAUGCAAAUAGACAGAUGUGCAGACUUUUUGCUUCCAUUGGUGAAGUCUGUGAAGUGAACAGCGACUGCCUUGCUGGUGAAUUGGAGAUCCAGUGUCUUAUUGAUGAUGAUGGGAUUGGCCACUGCGCAUGCCCGGAUGACCUGCAGGAAGUUGACGGCUUGUGUUUGACUUCCGGACUUGAUCUCGGCGAUCCAUGCCAAGCAGACCAGGAGUGCACGGAGACAGCUAACACUGCCUGUGUUAGUGGUAUAUGCUCCUGUGGUAAUGGAUUCCAGGAAACCAACGGUUUUUGUGCACCAAUCAUUGGCGGUGUAUGCAUUCAAGACGACGACUGUGUGAUAGAGAACACGAUAUGUUCGAACGAGACGGAUACCUGUCAAUGUGACACUCAAUAUGUCCCGUACGAGGAAGAAUGCUGGCUCAUUGCAUCGGGUUUUGAAGCGGAAUGUAACAAUACAGCCCAAUGCGUGAGAGCUCUUGGCGAGAACAGCUUAUGUUAUGAGAACCACUGCGUCUGCAACAGUGGAUAUCACCAUAGAGAUGGUUCCUGUUGGAUCAUGACAGGUUUGUUCCAGACAUGCGCCAGGACAAGCGAAUGCUUCUUACAUGAUUUAUCCGAGAAGGUCAUCUGCAGGAACAGCCUGUGUCAGUGUUCCUUUGACUACGAGUAUUCAGAGAGAUUACACACUUGUGUAUCCCUGGCACCAACUGCGAGGGCUGCAAGUUCUUUAUUAAUAAUAGUAAUAAGUUUAUUAUAUAUGUAUUAAAUCAAUA